CCGAUGCACAACAUGACCGGAAUGGGUGUUCUGUAUACACUUUGUGCUUUAUUGCUAAUGCAGUUCGCAUCGUUGCCCGGAUGCCAAGGAGCCAAUAUUCUGGGCGUUUUCGGCAGUGAGAGUCCCUCACAUCUGAUUGUUCAUAUGUCGUUGAUAAAGGCUUUAGCUGAUCGGGGACAUAAUAUCACAGUGGUUGCGGCAUUGAAGCCAAAACUAGCCCCACAUGAGAAUAUUACAGUGAUCGUAGUGCCUCCAAGCCUGGAAGCCCAAAAAAUGUUCAACGAGCGCGUGUCAAAAGUUACUAAAGAAAAGACCAAUGUGCUAAUGGCUCUUGCAAAGGGCUUUGCUCAAUCAAAUACAAUGUUUCAAUCUCAAUAUGACCUUACUGUGCAUCCAAAAGUAAAGUCCAUCUAUGAGAAUCCUCAAGUCAAAUUUGAUCUACUUAUAAUUGGUUAUUUUAUGAAUGAUUUGCAAUUGGGAAUAGCUGCGAAAUUGAAUUGUCCGGUUAUUAUCAAUUGGUGUGGAGUGCCAUUCGAAAUGUUGGAUGCCCUAGUGGGCAAUGUGAACGAUCCAGCACAUGUGCCUAAUUUUAAUAUGGCCCUGGAAAAGGGUCAAAAAACUAUGAGUUUCCGUUUCCGAGUGAAAAACUUUAUAACCUAUACAAUAUUUAAGGGCCUCAAUAUGAUUUUGAAUUAUCACAUGAAUAAUUAUUACAAGCAAGCCUUUGGCGUGGAUCCAGAUUUUCCCACCCUCAAUGAUAUGAAGCGUCGCAUAUCUCUGCUGUUCAUGAACUAUCAUUCUCAUAGUGAAGGACCCAUACGGCCAUCGGUGCCACAAUCUGUGGAAUUGGGUGGCAUACAAAUCAAGGAUACACCAGAUCCUUUGCCGAAAGAUCUGGCAGAAUUCUUGGACAAUGCAUCGACGCAUGGAGCAAUCUUCUUUAGCUUGGGCUCUAACAUUGAUACCGCCUAUGUAAAAGAGGAGAUCAUUGAGCAUAUUUAUAAUGUUCUAUCACGUCUGCCGCAGCGUGUGAUAUGGAAAUGGAGUGAUUUGUCAAAGACACCAGGAUCAGCUUCCAAUAUUUAUUAUCACAACUGGUUACCCCAAGAUGAUAUAUUGGCCCAUCCGAAUACCAAACUAUUUAUAACCCAUGCCGGAAAAGGUGGCCUGGCGGAAGCCCAGUUUCAUGGAGUUCCAAUGUUGGCUUUACCCAUUUUUGCCGAUCAACCGGGAAAUGCAGCUUCAAUGGUUGCCUCUGGUUUUGGCCUCUCUCUAGAACUACUAACCCUGACUGAGAAAAAUUUCGAAAACUCUAUUCACGAGAUUUUACAAAAUUCAACGUACAAGGAAAAGGUGGGGCAAUUCUCGUCUUUGUAUCGUGAUAGGCCAAUGACGGCGCGCAAGACGGCUGUAUACUGGACCGAGUAUGUGCUACGUCACCAAGGAGCCUAUCACCUGCAGAGCCCUGUGAUACAUAUGGGUUUUAUAGCACGACAUAAUCUUGAUGUCUACUCAUUGUUCAUACUUGUAAUUAUCGCAUUGAUAUGGCUACUGGCUCGAAUACUUCGUUUUGUAUUUCGCAAAGUUGCCAGACUAUUGCAUGGCAGAGUUUAUUCUUAUCAGAAGGUAAAAGCAAAUUAGAAAUUUAUAUUUUGUGAUAAAAAUAAAGCGA